AUGCCCAUUUUAAAGGUCAAUUCUACAAUAUUUCAGUUAUCAGUAUAUGCUCCAAUUUUAUGCGCAAAUGACCGCGAAAAAGAAAAAUUCUGUGGACUUCAACUACUAACAAUAUCUUUAUCUAAAAAUGACAUCACAGUUCGGAGUGAUCGUAAUGCGCGCGUUGAUCACGGUGUUGCAACGAUAAACUCGAUAAUUGGUGAAUAUGGCAUGGGGUCCAGUAUGCCAGUGGAGAAAGCUUUCGCUAUGAUGAAGAGCUCAAACUUUUUAUUACUAAUGCUUGCUUCAGGUAUUGUAAAAAAACAUGUGACGUGGAACUCCUCGGAUGUCUAA